UCUAUCUAGAUAUAUAUGUAUAUAUCUAUAUAUAUAUAUACACAUACUUAAGUUAAAAAAGCAUUACCGGAUUCUGACACUGGCUCGCAUACGCAUAGAUGCACUUGCGUAUAACUGCACACAUGCACAGAUACGCGCACACACUCACACGCGCCGGUUUAAGAAGCAGUGAGAGAGAACAUUCAUAGCGAUAGACUCCUGUACAACGAAGCGCAUUCAGGAUUAGACAGAGUUUACCAAACACCGACUCGCAUCACAUUUUUACUUAUAUAAAAGAACCACAAGUUCGUAAGUAUUCACACACACACACGUACAUUAUAAACAAACGCUACUCAUACGAUAAGAAUACACACAUGCACGCAUCGGUAUAGGAAUACACUCGUUUAUACAUUAUAAACAAAAAAGAAAAUAAACAUACACACACAGGUAACCGUCUAAACGGUGAGAACAUACACCCACUGAAUCACAUACGUACAGCUUACAAUAAGUUGAGAAAAUCGUACGCACGUAUACAGAGAGAAAAAGAGGGAGAGAAAGAGAAAGCGAGAGAGAGAGAGAGAUAGAGAGACAUACCCAUUCAUUCAUUGUGUAUAGACAUAUAAACAGAAGCACAUGCUCUCUCUCUUUCCCUCACGCUCUUCGACGCUAAGCUACUUUUACUUUCGCUUUCAGUUUCGAUUCCUCUCACUCUUAAACGUCUUUCACAUUACACGAAUACAACACUCGCUCAAUCUUUCUCUUGCAUUUAUUCUAAACCAGCCGAUCAUUUAACUUACGGUCUGUAAACUAUCAACACGGCAACAUUAUAACAAAUUCGCACAAACUGUAAUACAUACACACAUACAUACAUACAUACAUACAUACAUACAUACAUACAUACAUACACACAAACACACACGCACAUACGCACAAGCAUAUGCAUACACCUAUCUCCUUCUCUUACCACUCCAAGUCUGCAGAAUAACUGGAAACUCUUCUUAAGAACAUACAGUGAGAAUCUAACAGGGACCCAUCGGACGGAUUCUUACAAAUUUACUUUGCUGCUAGACCCAGUAUCAUGUGAACUGGCCCAUAACCUGCAAGGAUAUGUUUGUUACACUAUGGCUGGCUUUAUUUCUUCCUCCUUGUCUUGCUGUGCACCUCACCUACUAUGUAGAGGAAAGGAAACAUGUCGGUACCUAUAUUGGAGAUAUAGCCGCAGACAAGCAGCUUCUGGAUGGUAUAUCUCUUCUGGAUAAUGAUUUGGUAACAUUUAGUUUAUUAAGGAUGAGUAAAUUUAGCAUCGUUUCUUUAUUUAACGUUUCAAAGACAGGGAAAUUGUACACAUCACAGAAUAUUGAUGCUGAAUCGCUCUGUAAAUACAAUACCGAAUGCUCUAGAAUUCUUCACGUUGCUGUUCAUAAGGACGAAACUUUUGUGGAUGUUUUAAAAAUCAAAGUAUUUAUACAAGAUAUCAAUGAUAAUACACCUGAAUUUCCUGUAAGGCAGGUAAACCUUACCUUCUCAGAAGGUGACAGAAAAGGUAUGUCGCAUUCUCUACCAAAUGCAAUUGAUAAAGAUGUUGGAAUUGAAAACUCACAGAUUUCAUAUGAGUUCCAGAAAAGACUUGAUACACCCUUUACGUUGUCGGUAUCUAAAAGAGUUGAUGGAACUGCUAAACUAGAAAUUGUAUUGGCUGUGGAACUUGACAGAGAAGUGAAAGAUUCAUACAGUCUUCAAGUGAUUGCAAAAGAUGGAGGUUUUCCCCCAAAACAGAGCACAUUAAAUGUUAAAAUAACUGUAACAGAUGUUAACGAUAACCCUCCAGUUUUCCUCAAAAAUGAAUAUCACGUUUUUAUAGAAAACACAAAUUUGAGGAAUAAACCUGUUAUUAUUUUAUCAGCAAAAGAUUUGGAUAUACAUGAAAAUGGACAAGUUUUAUAUUAUUUCAGUUCUCAAACAUCUGAAGCGACUAGAAGUUAUUUCAAAUUAAACAAGCAUACUGGGGAAAUUUUCCAAAGAGAAAAACUUCCUUCUGGACAUAAAGAAUUAUUUCAGUUAUAUGUUGAAGCCAAAGAUGGUGGGAAUCCACCUCUUACUCAUCUUGCUAUGGUGCUGAUAAAUAUUACCAACCAACAAAAUAAUGCCCCAAUAAUAGAUGUUAAUUUUGUGUCUGGAUUAAGAGAGAAUACAUUAUCAAUUUCAGAAAACAUUAAAGUUGGUGCUUUUAUUGCUUUUGUGAAAGUGACUGACAAUGACAUUGGGCCAAAUGGUCGAGUUAACUGUGAUCUCCAGCAUGACCAUUUCCAGCUGCAAAAUUUAGACUUCAAAGAAUAUAAAGUUACAUUGAAGAAACCUGUUGACAGAGAAAUUAAGGACCAUUAUGAAAUAAGUAUUUCCUGCCAAGAUAAAGGAUUACCUCCUCUGAGGACUAAAAGAAAAUUCUCUGUUCAAAUUACUGAUGUCAACGAUGUAAAACCUCGUUUUACAAAAGAGAACUUCCGAUUCUUAGUUUAUGAAAAUGAAAAAUCCAACUUCCCAGUUGGAUUCAUUAAUGCAACAGAUGAGGAUUUGGGUGAUGGAGGACAAUUAACAUUCUUUUUUUUACAAAACAAAAACCGAAUCCUUCCUUUUCAGAUUACAGACACAGGAUUCAUUUUAACUUCACAGCCACUUGAUAGAGAACAGCAAGAAAUAUAUAAAUUUGAAGUAUUUGUCAGAGACAAUGGGAGACCUUCUCUAAAUAGCACAUCAAAUGUUAUUGUUGAAGUUGUUGAUGAGAACGACAAUGCUCCCUAUUUCACCUUUCCUAGCAUUAACCCCUUCAGUUUAGACAUUCACUAUCAUCCUCAGAGCAAGAAUGACAUCACAGUCCUAAAAGCAUCAGACAGGGACAGUCCAAGAAAUGCAUUUCUCAAAUAUGAAAUAACUGGUGGUAAUGACAAACAGUUAUUUCUUAUAAAUCCCUACACUGGCAUGUUAUCUUUUUCCCGUGCAGUAUAUCAAAACGAUGCUGGAUCUUAUGACUUAAAGGCUGUCGUCAAAGACAGCGGCACACCAGUUCUCUCAGCAACAACAACUCUCUCAUUGACACUGUCUGUCAGUAACAAAACAUCAUUAUCUGCUCAGAGCAGAAAGUCCGGCAAUUAUAUUCCUCUUUAUUUGGUAGCCGUAAUCACAUUUGCAGCUAUGAUAGUUUUGGUAGUUAUUUUGGUUUCUAUGAUAGCGUGCAUUAUCAGAUAUAAAAAUGGCCGGCGUGUCCAACGCGCAACGCCAAUAGACCAAUCAAAUCCAGAGAGGAGUGAAAUAUAUCAUUUAGUUUCUCAAUCUAAUAACCUCGUUUCUGCAUCUCGAAGCACUAAUGACACAAGUGGAAGAUGUACACCUACAAUAGAAUCAAGAAGUUUAUACAAUUCUGCUGAUACAAAUAGUCUGAAAAUAGCGACAAUAGCCAGAAGACUUCCAGCUCCCUCCCAGAUUGAAGGAGACGGCUCUAACAGCACUUUGAACAUACCCUACUAAAAACUGCUUGCCACAGCCGGCUAGUUUGAAGAAUGCAGUUGGGACAGGAAGACAAUAUGGAAGCUCACUAUUCAAUAAAGUUUUGUGUUAAACUGGAAAAAAAACAUUGCAGAAACUAAUGAAAUAUUCCAGACAACUUAUGGAUUACCUUGUAUGAGCUGAGCACCUGUUUUUGCUGGUAAAAUCAGCCAAGCAAAGCAUGCCUCCUGGGAAGCUCACGAUGAUGCCCUUUAUCAACAGCAAAUGCAUCAUCUACAUCCACUGGGUUCCCUCUGGCUGGACUGUGAACAGAGUACUUUGUGGAGGUUUUGAGGGAGUUCAAGAAGAGAUUUCAUUGCAAAAGGCCUGAGCACUUAGACCAGGGCAAUACACCCACCAGUCUACAGUUCCAUCCUGGUAACCAGCCACUUGACAGAGAUGGGCAUCAAAACUGUCCCCUCACCCACCCUACAGUCCAGACCUUGCUUCCUGUGGCUUUUGGCUGUUCUCCAAGCUGAAGGAGACAAAUGGAGAAGGCUGUGACAAGGGUCCUGGACAUCUUCACUUUGGAGGACUUCCUUGGAGCCUUCACGAAGUGGAUGGAGCACUACAGCAAGGGCAUUGAGGUCAGAGGAUCCAACUUUGAAGGAGAUUAGAGUUUUGUACUUCUUUGAAAUUAAUAAAUGGCUCUCCUGAAAAAGUCUCAAAACUUCUGGAAUGCACCUUGUAUAGUAGUGUAUAUUUAUUCAUUUAAAAUUGUUAAUUCAUUCUGUUACAUCUCAGUUCUUCUUGCUAUGAGCAAUCCUUCAGAAUCCAGCCAUACUAUAUAUAUAUAUAUA